AUGAACCGACUUGAUGACAUCCUGAGGCGGUAUACUGUCCAGGGAGAGGACACAAAGGACAGGCUUCUCGGGACCAUCUACACCGGCUCGUCCGGCCGCCUCGAUCUUGACCCUAAAUCGCCCCUCUUCACAGAAAGGUCCUUCACAUGGGUAGCCUCCCUCACCAAGCUCGCCACCACCAUCUCCAUCCUUCAGCUCGUCGAACGGGGCCAGCUCGACCUCGACGCCGAUCUACGCCAUCUCAUCCCGGAGCUCCGAGACGCCAGCAUUCUCCAUGAAUUUGACGAGAAUGACAACCCCGUCAUCGAGGCCAACGCCAAGCCCAUCACCAUGAGGCAGCUGCUCACCCACACAUCCGGCUUCAGCUACGAGUUCUCCGACCCGGUUCUCCUCCAGUGGUCGCGCACCCAGCCCAACCGCAACGUCUCACGCCUCCAGUGGUCCAAGCUGGAAGUCACCACGCCGCUGCGAUUUGCCCCCGGCCAGAGCUGGGGAUACGGCGUCGGACUGGACUGGGCCGGCCAGGUCCUCGAGGCCCUCACCGGCAAAUCCCUCGGCCAGUACAUGCAGGAGAACAUCCUCGACCCCGUAGGCCUCAACGACACGGGCUUCUGGCCCGAAAGAAUCCCACACACGGCGCCCAGGACCGCGCAAAACGUUCAGCGCACAAAGGACGGGAAGCUCGCUGCCGCGCUCUGGCCCACCCCCGAGAAGCACGAGAUUGAGUCCGGCGGCGGCGGGUGGUUCACGACGGCCAGCGACUACGCCUUGUUUCUCCGGGCAUUUCUGGCGGGGAGGCUGGUCUCGGAGGAGACGAUGAGGGAGAUGGUCAAGCCGCAGCUAAACGAGGCGCAGGCCGAGUUUCUGAGGACGAUUGCUUUCCACCCAAUGGUUCACAAUACAUUUGCGCCCGAGUUCAAGCCCGGCACGAAUAUUGACCAUGGGCUAGGAGGCAUGCUGAAUGUUGAGGAUGUACCGGGGAAGAGGAAGGCGGGGAGUAUCGCGUGGAGUGGGAUUCUCAAUAGUCGAUGGUGGGUUGACCCGAAGACGGGCAUCGCAGGCGUUCUUAUUGUCAAUGUUCGACCCAACGGCGACCCUAUCGUGGCCAAGUUAUAUGAUGAGCUGGAGCUUGCUCUAUAUGGCCAGCUUUUGGGACAGGGUGCUGUCCAGAGUCGUAUCUAA